AUGGCUCAAGCUAAUUAUAUGAUUUGUAAGUCAAAACCAUUAAUUCCAAGAGAAGUUUUAACAACUAGUGAUCAAUUAAAUAGUAGAUUGUUUCCUAGUCAACAACCUAUUCAACAUGAAGAAAUAUCUUAUGUUAAUAAAACAGAUUAUUCUAAUAAACAUAUUCGUACAUGUCAAACAACUAAACAUCAUUAUAAAUUACCAAUGAAAAUAAAUUAUAGAAUAUCUUCAAGAUCUUAUACUAAUCAAUGUAAACAUAGUCAAAGAACAAUAUGUGAUACAUGUAUUUAUAAUAAUAUAAAAAUUCUUGUUGAAAAUACGAUAAAUCCAAAUAUAAUUUGUCCUGAACUUGAUUGUAUGGCCAUAUUUACUUUUGAAAGUAUUUAUUGUAUUCUUCGUAUGGGAAAUAAUUUAGAAUUAUCUAAACGAUAUAAUUGA